AUGUCUCUGAACACGCUUCCCAACGAACUCUUUCUGCAGGUGGAAUCAUAUAUUGAGACGCAAGCCGACCUCGCAGCAUUCAUUCGAACCAAUCCCCGAACCUACAAAUGGCUUGCCCCGUGUCUGUACCGGCGUGAUGCAACCGCCGCCUUGCUAUACGGGGUUCACAACAACCGCUAUUCCACAGCCUGCAAGGCCCUUCAGGCUGGGGCUGACCGCAAUGUCAAGUCUCGCGAUAAAGAGCGGCCGACCUCCUUGAUGCAGGCGAUCAUGAAAAACAACGAGAGAAUGAUGCAGCUCCUGCGCGAUGCGGGCGCCAAUCCGCGGAUCAUGACCCGGCUGUGGGCGACGCCGGCGAUGUUCCUAGAGGCUCCUACACGGGAGGCGCGGCAGGAAUUGAUCGACAAGCAUUACGGCUUUGGGGUGCGCCUGGCCGGGAUUGGACGCUGGGAUAGGCAUCAUAUUGAAGUCUCUUAA